AUGGCCGUUGAUAAUAUCCGCGAUAGAUACCAGGCUGCCGGUCACGACCAUCUCUUCACUUUCUGGUCAACCCUUCCAGAAUCAGAUCGCAAAUCCCUCUCCCGCCAACUCGAAAACCUUGACGUCGAUCGCGUGAACAGGAUCUACAAGAAAGCUAUCGCCUCUGAGAAGGAAGCUGCUGACCCCGAGCCUAUCGAACCCCUUCCCGUUGGGGCGUGUGAGUCUGUCGUCAAUGAUCCUGCGAGCGAGAAGAGAUGGCGUAGCGAGGGCCUCCAGGCCAUCGCCCGUGGGGAGGUGGGCGUUCUCCUCAUGGCAGGCGGCCAAGGAACCCGUCUGGGCAGUUCAGCGCCCAAGGGUUGUUAUGACAUCGGCUUGCCUUCACACAAAAGCCUCUUCCAGUACCAGGCUGAGCGUAUCGCUCGCCUUCAAGUUGUUGCCGAGAAAGAAUGCAACAAACCUGCAGGUUCAGUCGUCAUUCCGUGGUACGUCAUGACCAGCGGUCCGACGCGUCGUGAGACCGAGGCAUACUUCACGAAGAACGAUUUCUUCGGACUGAGUUCAAAGAACGUCGUUUUCUUCGAACAAGGCACCCUCCCUUGCUUGACUGCAGAAGGCAAGAUCAUGCUUGAGAGCACAUCACGUGUUGCAGUUGCCCCUGACGGCAACGGUGGGCUCUAUGCCGCUACACGCGCACCUCUAUCCGAGUCUAACAGUUCAACGGUUCUUUCUGACUUGACUGAUCGCGGGGUCCUCUACGUUCAUGCAUACUGCGUAGACAAUUGCCUUGUCAAAGUCGCCGACCCCGUUUUCCUCGGCUACUGCAUAUCCAAGCAGGCUGACUGUGCUGCCAAAGUAGUCCCCAAGGCCUCUCCCUCAGAGUCAGUUGGUGUUGUCGCCCGUAGGGGAGACAAGUUCAGUGUUGUCGAGUACUCGGAGAUCUCCCAGGAACAAGCCGAACUUCGUAACUCCAAGACUGGAGACCUAGCUUUCAAUGCCGCCAACAUCGCCAACCACUUUUACACGACUAGCUAUCUCAAAUCUGUCGAAUCGUUCGAAGAUGACCUUGCAUUCCACAUUGCUCGCAAGAAGAUUCCCACAGUUGAUCUGAAGACUGGAGAAGCAGUCAAGCCGAGCAAACCUAAUGGCAUGAAGCUCGAGCUGUUUGUGUUUGACGUCUUCCCCUUCACGAAGCGCUUUGCGGUGUUGGAAGUUGCACGUAAUGAGGAGUUCAGUCCGCUCAAAAACGCGCCUGGAACUGGCGCAGACGACCCAGAGACUAGCCGUCGCGACCUGCUUGCGCAGCACAAGCGGUUCCUGGAGAAGGCUGGUGCCCAUGUUAAGGAUGAUGUAGAGAUUGAGCUCUCGCCAUGUGUCAGCUAUGCUGGCGAGGGCCUGGAGUUUGUGAAGGGCAAGACCUUCACCAAGUCCGGUUACGUUGAAAACCCCGAGGAGCUCGAUGCCCUUCUCUAG